AGUACCACAUCCGCAGUCACGUGAUAGGGCGAGUGUCAGUAGGAAUGUCCGUAGACGUCAAGUGUGAGUAAAAUCCUCACGCAAAAUUCCCUGUUUUGGUGAUUUUCUCCAACAAAUUGGUAGAAUUUUGGUGAAAAAGUUGUCGGAGUAUCGUGAGUGUUGGCUGUGGAAGUGCUCUAGUGCAGAAAUCAGGUGAAAAGUGAGCAAAAAGCUCGAUAAAUGCGGGAUUAAAGUGGAGGGUGACUAGGUGAAAAAAAAAAAGUUUGCCACAGUCGUGGGGCCUCCGUGUGUUUGUUUUCUGCAGCGCACUUGUGUGUGCGACUUUUAAUAAUAGUCCCCAAAUUCCACCUGGCCGGGUGCAGCUACAAUGAGUACGAUGCUAGAGGGGACACUGAGCAAGUGGACAAAUGUGAUGAAGGGAUGGCAGUACCGAUUCUUUGUCCUGGAUGAGAAUGCGGGGCUCCUCUCCUACUACACAUCAAAGGAGAAGAUGAUGAAAGGUGUAAGAAGGGGCUGUGUUCGAUUGAAGGGCGCUAUUGUUGGCAUCGAUGAUCAAGAUGUGAAUACGUUCACAAUAACUGUUGAUCACAAAACAUUUCAUUUCCAGGCUAGAGAUGCCGAUGAGCGAGAAAAAUGGGUUAGUCGCUUGGAGGAUACGAUACUGAGACAUGGUAACCGUAGUCGAGGUAUCUGGGAGCCACAGAGUAGUUUUCAUGGUUCGACAAAUAGUUCAAUGAAGCAACGUCCAAACUAUCUUCAGGCUUUCGAUAGGAAAGUGUCUGAAGCCGAUGCAUAUCUUCAAUUGAUAAUUGAUCAGACAGCCAGCAUAGAGCAGAGAAUUUCUAAUAUUGAGGAUGGUGAGGAGAGAGAUAAGUGUAAGGUGGUUCAAGAACAGGCAAAUGCCAUGUUGGAUCACAUUAAACACUCAAUUGUUCUACUUCAAAUUGCAAAGAAUACAGCUCAUCCCAUCAAUGGGGUAUAUCAGGGACCGACUAAUAAAUUGGAGACAACGAUUGACGUUGAGCAACCGCCAGAUUUGCCAAUUGAGACAGGAAUUGCAUUUGGUUCUGAAUGUCUCGAAGGUGGUAGUCGACAAUCAGUUCAGCAUAAUUUUGAAUCUGCAACAGCUCUCAAUCUUUUAGUGCCAGAAACAUCAUAUUCCAGCUCCGAGGGUGAGGAGGAUUUUUACGAUGCUAAUGAGGAUAUUCUGACCUGUAGUCAGGGAAAUAGUCCUACAUACAAUACACGCUCCUUCAGCGAUUCUGUUGAUCCAGAAGUUGCGCCGAAUUCAAGGAAUGUCACGGACAAGGAUGCAGAUAAUUCCACGUCAACGCCAUCGCAUGAGCGAAAGAGAUUGGGUUCAAGGCUUCCAAUUUGUACAGACGGCAGUUUGGACUAUGACGCUCUGUAUGAGGAUGAGUCUGAUGAUGAUAUCUCGAUGGAAUCGCAUGGUUCUGUUGUGACACAUUUGCUGUCACAGGUGAAGAUUGGAAUGGAUCUGACCAAAGUUGUUCUCCCAACAUUUAUCUUGGAGCGUCGAUCGCUACUAGAAAUGUAUGCUGACUACUUUGCCCAUCCGGAUCUCUUUAUCAAAAUUGCCGAUCUCAAGGAUCCACGUGAUAGAAUUGUGCAAGUAGUCAAAUGGUAUUUAAGUGCAUACCAUGCUGGAAGGAAGAGUAGUGUUGCCAAGAAGCCAUAUAAUCCCAUUUUGGGUGAAGUUUUCCAGUGUCACUGGAAUAUUGCUGAAAACAAUGAACAAGUUGACAAUGAACCAGUGUCUGACGGUCCAGUUCCAUGGUGUACCAAAAAUCAAUUAACUUUUGUGGCUGAACAAGUAUCUCAUCAUCCUCCAAUAUCAGCUUUCUAUGCCGAGCACUAUGCGAAAAAGAUAUCCUUCUCGGCCCAUGUGUGGACUAAGUCAAAAUUCCUGGGCAUCUCAAUUGGUGUCCACAACAUUGGCCAGGGCAUUGUAACUUUGUGCGACUUGAAUGAGGAGUACAUUGUGACAUUUCCCAAUGGGUAUGGGCGUUCGAUUCUCACUGUGCCGUGGAUCGAAUUGGGCGGCACAGUGACAAUCUCAUGCCCUCGCACCGGCUACCAUGCCGACGUGGAAUUUCUCACGAAGCCCUUCUAUGGUGGCAAGAAGAAUCGUGUCACAGCUGAGAUUUUUGCUCCGGGCGAGAAGAAGGCCUUCGUGAGCAUUGCUGGAGAGUGGAGUGGAGCCAUGGAGGCCAAAUGGAAUGAUGGCUCAAGGCAUAAGCCAGAGGUUUUUGUUGAUGUCAACAGCAUUCCCAUCUUCCAUAAGAACGUAAGGCCCAUUGCUGAGCAGGAUGACAACGAGAGUCGCAAGGUGUGGAAGGAAGUUACAGCUGGACUCAAGUUGAACGACAUCGAUCGGGCAACGAGUGCCAAGUGCAGCGUAGAGCAGAAGCAACGAGAUGAAGCCAAGGAGCGGAAGGAACAGGGUGGCGAGUGGGAGAAUAAGUAUUUCAAGGCAGUAGGUGAAAAUUGGAUCUACUCAAAUCCACUUUCCCAGAGACUUUAUGCACAAUCGAAACGCGAUAGGCGGUAGUUUAGAAUUUCGGUGACGAGUCUCUAAGCUACAGAGAAAAAAAAAAUUCAAAGAAAAGACAACCCAAGUAGAAAUGGAGUUAGAAGAAGCUCUUUGGAGUUUUUUCUUGCUCUCAAACAUUUAUUAACGAAUUCGUAGUAAUUUACUCUAUCAGAAAAAAAAAUUUAGUGAAGAAAAAAAAAACAGAAAUACUAUAAAUGAUGAAUUUUGAUGACGAUAACACAAGAAACACUUACACACUAUUUUAUUGAGAUGGAAGGAUAAAGAAAACAACAAAUGCAAUAAAACUCAAAUUUAUCUCUAAUUCUAUACAACUUAACAAGGAAAUUGUAAAAAAAAGGAUAACAUCUUGAGGAUACAAGAAAAAUAAAUCUAUUAAACAAUA